GUGGAACAUGAUUGGAAGAUGGUAUACUUGGCCAGAGAAGAGUCCUCUUCUGCAGAUUCAGUUGGAGAAGUCCAAUGGGCUCUGGAUCUAAGUAAUACUGGGUAUGAAGUUGCUAAAGUUCAUACCGAUUUCGCUGGCUUCUCUGGGUUUGAUUUUACAUAUGAGCUCUAUGAAUUUAUGUACUCGCAACUAUACACCUGGACAAAGCUUUAUGGGCUCCCAUCUUAG